AUGAGGUGUCUAGUCGUUUUACUAUUUGCACUUGCUGCAGCUUCUGCGAUCCCCGUUAGUGAGGAUCGCGAAUCUGGUGAGGGUGGUUGGUAUGUACCACAAUUGGACGGUUCUUUAAAAUGGAUGAACGAAGAAGAAGCCGAGGAAUUACUGGCAGUACCACAUGGUCGCGCCGCUCCGAAGGUUGUGUUCUACUUGUACACCAACCAGAAUCCAACCACACCCGACGUGCUCGUUACUGGAGAUGCAAGCUCGCUGAGCGCUUCUCACUUCGACAAAGCUAACCCAACUAAAUUUAUUAUACACGGUUGGCAAUCUAGCUCCGACUCUGAAUUGAACCCUCUGAUUCGUGAUGCUUACCUCUCUAAGGGUGAUUAUAACAUCAUUUCCGUAGACUGGCGAAAAGAUGCAAGCAGUCUCAAUUACGCUUACUCCGCUUCCCGUGUUCCCGAAGUUGGUAAAAUAGUUGCUGGCAUGAUUGAUUUCUUAUAUCAGCAAGGCAGUAUCACCUUCGACAGAUUGCACGUCAUUGGUCACAGUUUGGGCGCACAAAUAUCUGGUUUUGCUGGCAAAGAUGUGACAUCCGGACGUAUUCAAAAAAUUACUGGUUUGGAUCCUGCUUUACCCCUUUUCCAUUACGAUAAACCUGCUACCCGUUUGAAUGAAGAUGAUGCCGUUUACGUUGAAUCCAUACAAACUUGUGGUGGCCGUUUGGGUUUCUUGAAACCAAUUGGCAAGUCUGCCUUCUAUCCCAACGGUGGUAAAACUCAACCCGGUUGUGGUAUCGAUCUUACCGGCUCAUGCGCUCACGGACGUUCUUGGAUCUACUAUGCUGAAGCUGUUCGAAAGAAUGAUUUUCCAUCGAUGAAAUGUUCGGACUACGAGAAUGCUGUUGGAAAUAAAUGUGGUGUGACAUACUCGUCAGUUCGUAUGGCCGCGCCUAGCAACUAUGUCAAUGCUUUUGGCGAUUUCUAUACGCCAGUCAACAAGAAGGCCCCUUACGGUAUGGGUAGCUAA